AUGCAAUGCAUGAAAUGGGCCUUGCAUCUCGUAAGCCAUACAGAAAAUGUGCCAGAGUCGUUGGUGAGAACUGGUGGUCUCAAAACUGCAUAUCAUGUUUGUCUAGCCUGCCCAUGGAUUUGGAGUUAUCUAGUACUCGGUAAAUUCCAUCCUCAUGGAGAUUCAGCCGUCUAUGAAACUUUAGUGCGAAUGGCUCAGGACUUUUCAAUGAGGUACCCACUUGUUCAAGGACAUGGUAACUUUGGUUCAAUAGAUGCCGAUCCUCCCGCUGCAAUGCGAUACACAGAGUGCCGCUUGGAUCCAUUAACAGAAGCCAUGUUCCUGACUGAUUUGGAGCUGAAUACAGUUGACUACGUUCCGAACUUUGAUAAUUCACAGAAAGAACCAUCUCUGUUGCCAGCUCGUGUUCCAUCACUACUGUUGAAUGGAUCUUCUGGAAUUGCAGUUGGAAUGGCGACGAAUAUUCCUCCCCACAAUCUGGGAGAACUUGUUGAUGCACUCUCUGCUAUAAUUCAAAACCCUGAUGCUACGCUCCAAGAACUACUGGAAUACAUGCCUGGUCCUGACUUUCCUACAGGAGGGAUACUCAUGGGAAAUGAUUGUAUUUUGGAGGCCUAUAGAACCGGGCGUGGUCGAAUUGUGAUGAGAGGCAAAACCGUCAUGGAAACAAUUGAUGAGAAAACCAAGCGCACGGCUAUCAUAAUUAAUGAGGUUCCGUACCAGACAAAUAAAUCUACUCUAGUCCAAAGGAUAGCGGAGCUUGUUGAAGACAAGGUGUUAGAAGGCAUCAGUGAUAUUCGGGAUGAAAGUGACCGUGCUGGAAUGCGUGUAGUUAUCGAGGUGAAAAGAGGUGCAAAUCCUGCCAUUGUCCUGAAUAACCUGUAUCGUCAUACAGCAUUGCAGUCUAGUUUUAGCUGCAACAUGGUAGCUAUUCUUGAUGGGCAUCCAAAACUGAUGGGACUGAAGGAAAUUCUUCAGGCGUUCCUUGACUUCAGAUGCUCUGUUAUUGAAAGGCGUGCAAAGUUUAAGCUUUCACAAGCUCUAGAAAGAAAGCAUAUUGUGGAGGGCAUUGUCAUUGGUCUUGACAAUUUAGAUGCUGUAAUUCAAGUGAUAAGAGAAACAUCAAAUCACACCGUGGCAAAGGAAGCUUUAGCAAAGGAAUAUGGUCUAUCUGAGAAGCAAGCAGAAGCACUUUUGGACAUUACACUUAGGAAACUUACUUCCCUUGAGCGGAAGAAGUUUAUUGAUGAAGCUAAUUCAUUGUCGGAGAGCAUUUCAAAGUUAAAUGAGCUCCUGUCAAGCAAGAAACUUAUGUUUCAGCUUAUCGAACAAGAAGCAGCUGAUUUAAAGAGCAAAUUUGCUACCCCACGACGUUCUUUCCUAGAAGAUUCAGCAAACGGCGAAGUUGAUGAUAUGGAUGUUAUUCCUAACGAAGAAAUGCUUUUGAUUCUUAGCGAGAAAGGCUAUCUUAAGCGGAUGAAUCCCAACACCUUCAAUUUACAAAACCGGGGGACAAUUGGAAAAUCUGUUGGAAAGAUGCGAACGAAUGACAAUAUGUCGGAUUUCAUUGUCUGCCAAACACAUGACCAUAUUCUUUAUUUCAGUGACAAGGGGAUAGUAUACUCUGAACGUGCUUAUAAGAUACCUGAAUGCACAAGAGUUGCUGCUGGGACUCCAUUAGUACAGCUGCUCAAUUUGUCUGAUGGGGAGAGAAUAACCUCCAUUGUUCCUGUGAAUAAAUUUGUUGAAGACCAAUAUUUAGUGAUGCUGACUGUUAACGGCUAUAUCAAGAAAGUUCCUCUUAAUGCCUUCGCGUCAAUCAGGUCAACAGGAAUCAUUUCAAUGCGCCUGGUUCCCGGCGACGAGCUCAAGUGGGUCCGUCUCUGUAGGGAUGACGACCUUGUUGCUUUGGCUUCACAAAGUGGGAUGGUUAUAGUCAACACAUGCAACAAGCUUCGUCCGCAUGGAAGAACUACAAGAGGUAUGGGUGCAAUGAGGCUAAAGGAAGAUGACAAGAUGGCAGCCAUGGAUAUAAUUCCAUCGACAACCCAUACAAUGCCUGGAAAAACUGUCAGCAGGGUCAGAGACUUGAGUCCUCCAUGGCUGCUCUUCAUAGCUGAAAAUGGUUAUGGGAAGCGUGUGCCCCUAAAUGCUUUCCGUCAAUCAAGCUUCAAUAGAGUAGGCUUGCGAGGCUACAAGCUUCCAGAAGAUUGCCGCUUAGCUGCUGUGUUUGUCGUUGGGGAACCGACUGAUGACGAUGCAAGUGAGGAGCAGGUUGUUUUAGUUAGCCAUGGUGGCACUGUAAACAGAAUCAAGGUCAAAGAUAUAUCCAUCCAGGGUCGUGGGGCAAAGGGAGUAAUUCUGAUGAGGCUGGAGCAUGCUGGGAAGAUCCAGUCAGCUUCACUAAUAUCAGCCACAGCCGCGGAAGAGAUCUUGGAAGAUUGA